AUCAUGAUCUGAUAAAUAGCACUCUGUAAAACAAUAACUUGACUGUGAGAUUGAGACUCAAUAAUUAUGUCGCAAGCAUCUGCAACCCAACAAGAGCUUUUCUUCAAGUCGUACAAUGACAGCUCUCCGACGACAAUCGUCUUGCUCCAUGGCCUCUUCAGCUGCAACCUCGAAUGGGAGCACGUUAUUCCCCACCUUAGCGGUUACCAUCUCGUCGUUCCCGAUCUCCCAAAACACUCUCAAUCGAGACAUAUAGGGCCAUGGUCAAUUGAACUCGCCGCAGACUCUGUCGCGCAUCUCAUCCGAAAACAUGCCCACCGUGGACAAGCGCACGUUGCCGGCCUUUCGCUGGGCGGUUUCACCACCAUGGAAUUAAUCCGCCGACAUCCAGACCUCGUCAAAUCCACAUUCGUCACUGGCUCAACCCCGUUCCGACCGUGGCAAGUCUGGGCCGCAGAAAGACCUAGCCUCCUACACUACGGUCUCAAGCUCGUCCUCAACAGCGGUUUCUAUUCUCUCAGCGUCUGGAUGAAGGGUCUUAAGGAUCAUACUCAGCUCAAGAACGAAAUCGCGGCCAAUAACGACUGGAACUUGGUCAAUGACGCUUACGCUGGACUUGCUAAGUGGCAGCACGAAGACGUGAAAGCAGUUGCCGAGAAGGAUAAGCGGAUAUUGGCAGCCGCUGGAGACCAGGGCGAUGAUUUUGACGGUGCAAAAGAGAUGGCUCUGACUUUUCGCAAUCAAGGCCGCGAAGAUGGAAAGAAGAGUACUGCCUGUCUCAUCAAGGGAGCAAUUCAUGCAUGGAAUUUGCAGUUUCCGGAAUUGUUUUCUGAAGGUAUCAAAGCUUGGGUUGAAGAGAAGCCUCUUCCUGAAGGCUUUGUGAACUUGCUUGACGGUUCCAGUGAUGAAGGCGCUUGAGUUGCUCAGGAUCGGAUAACAGAUACUUAUUAUUCAUUAUGGAAAUCUCA